UAAAAGUUGGAUAGCUUUGCAUAAGGUGGGAUGUUAGUUACAAGUCAGAUAGACUAAAGUUUCAGCAAUGGACUUGAAUGCUGCAUUAUUUGUGAGGAUACUCCUCUUUCAAUUCCCUGCGUUGGUCAUAGAAUGUGGUGUACUCGAUAUACUUUACUUUUCAAGAAUACCUACAAGUAGUAGAGAAGUAGAAGUAUUUGGAUACACCUUAAAAGAUGACGUAACUGAAGAUAUAACGCUAGAUAUACUGAACGACGACCGAGGCCUCAGGAACGUCACUUGGGCUGAUGCAGGCACAUACUUAUGUGAUACCGUAUUUUCAGGAGGAGGCAAAUGUACAAACCGCGUUCUCAAAAUUAAAGGAUAUGUUGUCUCUAAGCGUCUUGGCAUAAAAUUGCUUGAUUAUCCCACUGUGUUUUCAUUAGAAGCAAAGAAGAAUGGCACAAUGUCACGAACAGCAAUUGUCAUGAUGUCAUCUACUG